AUGUGUGGAUGUCAGGCUUCUGUGACCAAUCCUGUUGUGCACACUCUCUUACCUAUCAACUACUAUAAGUUCCACGUACCCUUUGGUCACAAGCCACCUAGCACUGACUCUCCAAUUGAAGAACAACCUUACCCCUUCUCUCCACAACUCCAAACACAACUCUUCCAUGGCUGCCUCCGUCUCCACUGUCGGAGCUGUCAACAGAACUCUUGUAUGAUGCCUUUUCUACUCUGUUACACUUUGAACCUGAAUGGAUCUGGAGCUGGAGCUUCAGCUUCCAGUUCACCUUUCUUUGGCACAAGCUUGAAGAAGGUUAUUGCCUCAAGGGUCCCUAACAGCAGGGUGUCCUCUGGAAGCUUCAAAAUUGUUGCUGCAGAGAAGGAUACUGAGGAGACCCAGCAGACCAACCAGGACAGAUGGAAGGGUCUGGCCUACGAUAUUUCUGAUGAUCAACAAGACAUCACAAGGGGGAAGGGUAUGGUUGAUCCACUUUUCCAAGCUCCAAUGGACGCUGGAACUCACUAUGCAGUCAUGAGCUCCUACGAGUACCUUAGCACUGGACUUCGCCAGUACAACUUGGACAACAACGUGGAUGGUUUUUACAUUGCUCCAGCUUUUAUGGACAAGCUUGUCGUUCACAUCACCAAGAACUACAUGACCCUGCCCAACAUCAAGGUUCCUCUCAUUCUUGGUAUAUGGGGAGGCAAGGGACAAGGAAAAUCUUUCCAAUGUGAGCUUGUCUUUGCCAAGAUGGGAAUCAACCCAAUCAUGAUGAGUGCUGGAGAGUUGGAAAGUGGAAAUGCAGGAGAGCCAGCAAAAUUGAUCAGGCAGAGAUACCGUGAAGCUGCAGACUUAAUCAGUAAGGGAAAGAUGUGUGCUCUGUUCAUCAAUGAUCUUGAUGCAGGAGCAGGUCGUCUUGGUGGAACCACCCAAUACACUGUGAACAACCAGAUGGUGAAUGCCACUCUCAUGAACAUUGCUGACAACCCCACAAAUGUGCAGCUUCCUGGUAUGUACAACAAGGAAGAGAACGCCCGUGUGCCCAUCAUUGUCACCGGUAACGAUUUCUCAACAUUGUAUGCUCCUCUCAUCCGUGAUGGACGUAUGGAGAAGUUCUACUGGGCACCAACAAGGGAUGACCGCGUUGGUGUUUGCACGGGAAUUUUCCGCACUGAUGGUGUUCCUGAACAGGACAUUGUCAAGCUUGUUGACACUUUCCCUGGCCAAUCCAUUGAUUUCUUUGGUGCACUGAGGGCCAGAGUGUAUGAUGAUGAAGUGAGGAAGUGGAUUUCUGGUGUUGGUGUUGAUGCUGUUGGGAAGAGGCUUGUGAACUCAAAAGAAGGACCUCCUACCUUUGAGCAGCCCAAGAUGAAUCUGGACAAGCUCUUGCAGUAUGGUAACAUGCUUGUCCAAGAACAAGAGAACGUGAAGAGAGUCCAAUUGGCUGACAAGUACUUGAAUGAGGCCGCUCUCGGAAAUGCUAACGAAGAUGCCAUUAAGAGUGGAAGUUUCUUCAAAUAG